UUUUCAGAUAGUUGACGGAACAGCCGCUAGGUGUCAGCCACUUCGUUUUUUUUCGCGAAUUGUGGUGGUGGUUUUUAAAAAAUAAUAAUUUCCACAUAUCUCCAAGUAUUGUAAAUUAAAUAUGUAGUGAAUUUAAAUCAACUAGAAGUUUGAAGCGAGCAGUAUUCAAAUUGAUCGGCGGAGGAGUACAACUGCCGGAGAUGACCACCGAACAUCAAAUUGCUGGCAAUAUUCUUACCAAAGCUGUGACUCUAGAUGGGAAGAAACGAUUCACAGAGGCUCUAAUAUGUUACCAAGAAGGACUACAUAUAUUAAUGGGUGUUUUACAAAACGAGACCAACCCGGAAGCUAAAGUGAAGUACCGGGCUAGAAUUUCAGAAUACAUGAGCAGAGCUGAGAAAAUCAAAGAAUACGUUGAAACUGAAAAAGAUAAAGAUUCGUACCACGAGCAAAUUAUUAUUGAAAAUGAUUCAUCUGGUCAUAGCUAUGCAACUGUAUUCGGUCGAUUUUUAGAUUCCUCAGUGAAUGAAAUUGAAAUAGAUGAUCCUUACGUUAGAAUAUUCCAUCAAUUUCAGAAUUUAGUCAAGUUUUACGAGCUCGCAGUCAAAUCUUGUAGUAAUUUAAAAUCCAUAACUUUAACAACUAUUGCCAACGGUAAUGAACAAGACCAAUGGUUCGAUCAAAUGAAAGUGGAAUUAACACGAUUCAAGGUGAAAAUGAAUGUCACUUAUUCUCCUACUUUACACGAUCGCGAAAUUCGAUUAGACAAUGGUUGGAUUAUUAAAAUCGGUCGAGGAUUAGAUUAUUUUAAAGCUCCGGCUAGUAAGGUGGCAGUUGGGACGUUUGACAUGGAUUUGAGAAAAUGUCACGAGACAACGGUUGAUAUAUUUCAUAAGAAAACCAUUCGUAAGCGAUAUGGUUAAUUGUUUUGUUAAGUUGAUACUUUUUUUGGCAUCGUUAUUUCCAAUGAGGAAAUGUGAAGUAUUAUUUGCGGUGUUAGAAUGUUUCAAUAAUGAUUAUUCGUUGUAGAACGAUGGUAUGAUUUUUUUAUUUACGAGUCUAGCUGUACUUGUAUUCUGUGAUCUUCAGUUUUGUACCUGUUUUUUUAUUUAUUGAUAUUUUUUUAUUAAAGAAUUUUUGAAUUUUUA